AUGAGUACCACUUCACGCAUAGCUACUAUCGACUGGGACAACCUGCAUUUGGAAGAAAAGCGUGCAGCUGAAGGCGAAGACGAGGCUGCGCCCGAGUCGGAAGAGGAAGAUCUAGGCGAUUACGAGGAUGAAGUCGACGAUGACUAUGCACAAAACUACUUUGACAACGGCGAAGACGAUGAUGACAUAGAUGCAGAUGGCGGCGAUGAAGCUGCCUUUGAUUAA